UUUACUAUAUUAUGGAGAUAAGUAUAUCUAUAUUGACGUGUUCUUCCCACUUUACCAGAGUCAACGUGGAAAUAGUAAGACAUCACUGUUAAAAAAAGACACAUAUACUUUAUGCAUUGACUUGACUUGGAAAAUUUAUGUAAUUCAAGAAAAUACAAAAAUUUUGCAGCAAUGGCACCUCUUCUCCUCUUCAUAUUGCUAACUCCUCUACACCUUCAAGUAAACUCACAAGACUUGUCUUCUGAGCAAGCUAUUCUUUUGAGCUUGAAACAGCAUUGGGACGCUCCCUCCUCCCUACGUUGGUGGAAUUCGACCUCAUCCUCCUGCGACUGGCCAGAAGUCAAGUGUGCCUUUGGCACAGUCACCGGCCUGAAACUAGCAGACAGCAACAUAAGAGGAACAAUCCCAUCAACGAUAUGUCUGCUAACAAACCUCGAUUCGAUCUACCUGGCUAGAAACUUCUUGUAUGGGGACAUACCUGCCAGCCUUUACAACUGCUCGAAACUAGUGAGGUUGGACCUGUCCAUGAACGAACUGUCUGGGAAGAUCCCGGGUGAGCUGCUGUUGCAUAAAAGGCUGACGCAUUUAUGGCUGCAUGGAAACAGAUUGGUCGGGGCGAUACCUGCGCCUAUAGAAGCAGUGAGGUUAGAAGUUCUUGAUCUCUCUCAAAAUUACUUGAAUGGAUCGAUCCCUGAUGUUGUAAAGAAUUUGUUCAAACUUACGUCAUUGGAUUUGUCGAUGAAUUUGCUUGAUGGGGAACUCCCCACCGGACUGUUCCAAAUGAGUCUAAAUCAUCUGCUUCUUGGUUACAACGCCAUCUCCGGCCAACUGCCAGAGCAAAUGAAUUUGUACAGGCUGCAAGAGCUAAAUCUUACUCACAACAAAUUAUAUGGCAGAUUUCCGAAAAGUCUAACUGAACUCACGGGAUUAAGGACACUGGAUUUGUCUGAAAACCAGCUAUCUGGAGGCAUAGAAAACGUGGUUCACCUGAGGUCGAUGAGCGUACUCAGGCUUUGCUCUAACAACUUCUCAGGAAAGGUGCCACGCGAAUUUGUGAACCGGUUCUUUCAUGAGAACUGCUUUGAUAUUUCCAACCUCUGUUCUGAAGACCCGAGAAAUGGUCUACCAGGAAGUCGGGAAUAUCUGAAAUGUCAAUCCAAACACGAUGAAUCAGAGAAGCAUUUUGUGAUAAUGGUAGUAGUGAUAGUUGGUUGCGGGGUUGUAGUAUUUGCAAUACUUUUCUACUUGCUACGAAGAUGGUUGCUCAAGAGGCAUAAGAUCAUUGAUUCAAGACGCGGGCAAAUCUGGCCUACCAGUCCUUCUGUGACUGUAGAAGACGAAUGGAAGAUGAUUACAUUUCAGAGGUUGAAGUUCAAUAAAACAGAAAUCUUGUCUAGUCUUGCAGAUGAAAACCUGAUUGGGUAUGGAGGCUCGGGAAAGGUAUAUCGAGUUUUCGUGAAUGAAGGAAGCAUUGCUGUUGCUAUCAAGAGCAUUGUGAAUCCCAGAAAAUCAGACCACGGACUCGAGAAGGAAUUCCUAGCAGAGAUCAAAACGCUGGGGACUAUAUGGCACAACAAUAUAGUGAAGCUUCUAUGCUAUCUCUCAACCAAAGAAGUGAAGCUUCUCGUCUACCAAUAUGUCGAGAACAAGAGCCUUCACCAAUGGCUUCACGGCAGAAGCAGGGAAAUAUCAUCUGCUGGUGACUGUCCAGUCACCAAAUUGGAGUGGCCGAUGAGGCUACAUAUCGCCAUUGGAGCAGCACAAGGACUAUGCUAUAUGCACCAUGACUGCUCCCCAACUAUCAUACACCGUGAUAUCAAGUCAAGAAAUAUACUACUGGACUCGGAACUCAAUGCCAAAAUAGCAGAUUUUGGACUCUCAAAACUGCUCAGCAGGCAGGGAGACACAGAAACAGCAUCGAGUAUAGCUGGAACUUUUGGCUACAUUCCCCCCGAGUAUGCCUACACAUCAAAAGUGAACAGAAAGACUGAUGUUUACAGCUUCGGAGUGGUGCUACUCGAAUUGACUACAGGGAGAGAAGCUGUUACUUACGGAGAUCAUAUGAACCUAGCAGAAAGGGCACACCUACACUACAGAGAUACAAAUGCCAUUAUUGAUGCAGUGGAUGACGAGAUCAAGGAGACGAUCUACAUGGAUCAAAUCAUAACCGUUUUUCGGCUAGGAGUCAUCUGUACUGCUACAUCACCUUCUAAUAGGCCAUUCAUGAAGGAUUGUUUGCACAUUCUACAGAAUUGCAGAAGAGAUUCUUCCUGAUCUUGUAGUCGAAUGACUUCGAGCUCAGUGUAAAUAAAUCCAAAGCUAUAUCGUGUUACAUGUAUGCAUGAAAUUAUGCUUUUACCUGAAAUGCAACAUUGUUUAACAAAA